AAUUCAUUUCUCAAAUCGUGUUAGGGUUUCACGGAGAAAUCGAAAUCGGUGAGGCGAGCGAUGCGUCGAGCUCGUCGCCGGAUAGUGAGAUGCGCGCGGGAGUGCGCCGUGCUCGACGCCGGAGUGAGCCGCUCGCGAGGGCGGGAGCACGACGACGGAGGGGCGCCCGGCUCGCGAGGGUGGGUUCUCGGCGGCGGGGAGCAACCCGAGGUCCGUCGCCGCCUGCGACCUGCCCCCGCAUCCUCGACCUCCUUGAACACCGUGUCCACGUCGAUCCAUGGAGCACCGGGUGUUGGCACUCGCAACAACAGCGGCGAGGAGCCCGACCACCUCCACUUGCACAGGUCGCUCCAGCCGUCCUCCACCCUCUCCGGAUCUCCUCACGCCGCUGCUCUGCUGGCGCUGCAGCAGAUUUUGGCGUCCCUCGCCAGUCUGUGCUAUAGACACCGCCGUCACACCGGAGGGUCGCGCCCCUCGCAAGCACCUGUCCGCCGCCGGAAUCAGGCAGUAAAUUGUUACUCCACGAGGCAUGUGCUAAGUUGCAUACCCACUAUUUCUAAGUUGUGUAUCCACUACUAUUAAGUUGCAUAACAAUUGUUGUUAAGUUGCAUUCGCACUCUUGUUAAGUUGUAUACCAACUAUGAUUAAGUUGCAUACAUUGUUCAAUAUAGUUU